AUGUCCGACGACGAAUUUAUUUACGACGACGACGAUGACUGGUACUGGUACGAAGACGACAAUAUGGGGCUUGGGGAUGAACUAGCAGAAAACGCCGUGCACUCUCCCAUCAUGGUGGAAGAUCCAUCCCUUGAAACCGUCGAUACCUACAGCGACUGGGAAUACUACUCUGAUGACUAUUACGACGACGAUCCGACCAUAACCACAAAACACGAAACGAACGGCGAGCGUCGGAACAAGAGGCGAAAGCUGUCUUCCAUCGAAAAUGUCCCGAAUCUUUCGCUCGGCUCUUCCAUUGUCGAUCCAUCUACGUCCAUGGCAAAUUCAUUCAGGGGUGUAUUGUGGAGGGUGCCUGUGAAAACAGACGACCAGAUUGAAUUAUAUGAGCCCGGAAAAGGAGAGCAGGUCGCUCUGUUAAGUGACUGGAGAAAACUUUUCCAGACUCCAUUACAUAUUCCGGAUGGCACCAAAACCGGUGAUCAUGAAAUUAAUGGCGAUGUCAAGAAUGGUGUCAGUGCCAUUAGCGCCAAAUUGCCCCAACGUCUAGAUCUCGAGAGUGUCGUGGACGGAAAACACGGCAGAUACUCUCCGCCACCACUUUCGAUUGAGAAUCUAGACACGACUAUCAGUCGCCAACGGCAAAAGCUGUCACAGCCGGAAAUGCAGAUUGCGCCUGAGAAUGUACCCGCGGAAACGGUGAUCGUCGCAGAUAGCGAAGAUGAGGAGAUACUAGACGAAAUAGACGAAACAACUAUCGCAGUAGCCGAGAUGGACACCGUUGACGACGACAAGGAGAAUACGGUUCUAUCAGAAAAGGAAGACCAAAUUCCACAUCACCCUACAAUCAGAGUUGAAAUACCGACACUAGCAGCCGCUAUGAAGGAGGACGCCUUGAAUCAAAACACCCCGCCACGUAAAAAGGGUCCAAAACCGAAAACUGCCACGACAGAGCAAGUGUUAAGCAAUGGAACUAAGAAAGCUGCGACCACACACACGCCUACAAAACGAGGCCGAAAGAGAGCCUUGGACGCUGAUAAGGAAGAUGAGGAAUCACCAGAAGCCAGCAAAAGAAGAUCAAAAAGGGUAGCUUCAUCUGCAACUACGAAAGCAACAAAGGGCAACGAAUCGGACAAAAAACGUACGCGUACGAACUUGAUAGAUUCACCGAGAGAAGAGCGUGGAAAGAGGAGGAGGACCUAA